GCAGAGCUGAGCUGCCGCCGAGGCUGCGCCGUCCACCCCGACAGCCCGCUUGCAAAAUGGACCAGGAAACCCUGGGAAGCGUUGUCCUGCUCGCCAUUGUCACCUUGAUCAGUGUUGUCCAAAAUGCUUUUUUUGCUAGCAAAGUGGAGCAUGAAAGCAAACACUGCAACGGCAAGGGGUUCCAGCGGCCGGGAUCGUCUGCCUUCGACCGUGUCUACACUGCCAACCAGAACUGCGGACACACAUACCCUACGUUUCUGGCCGUGCUUUGGUGCGCUGGGCUUCUCUGCAGCCAAGCUCCUGCCGCCUUUGCUGGCCUGAUGUACUUGUUUGUGAGGCAGAAGUACUUUGUGGGCUACCUCGGGGAAAGGACUCAGAGCACUCCUGGUUACUUGUUUGGAAAGCGCAUCAUUUUGUUCCUGUUCCUCAUGUCCGUGGCUGGAAUUCUGAACUACUAUCUCAUCUUCUUUUUUGGAAGUGACUUUGAAAUGUACAUAAAAACGAUAACCAGCGCGAUCUCUCCGUUGCUGCUCAUCCCGUAGCUCCCUGCAGCACUGCGGGGGUCAGCGUGCUUAAUAGAUCGAUACCCGGAACCAGCCGUAAUUCAACUGUUUAAGAAAUGAACCCGUAACCCUUUUAGACUGCUGUAAAUCUCAUGCUUGAUGGGCUUUGUAGUUUGAUUUAACCUUGCUUUUUCCUUCAGGAAAAAGAUUUAUCGUGAGCACUUGGCACACCCAAGGAAUGAUAACAACUUCCAGUUAAUUCUUCACUUUUUUUCCAUAAAUGCAGCUUGCAAGCUGAUUGCGUGACUGGAAGGGACACUGUAUGCUUGCUUCA